CAUGUGAAUUCCUCUUCUCUUUUCUUCAGUAUGCCUCUUUUAUCUACACUUCACCCUCGUUCAAAAGCGAUGGGUGCCAGUGUACUUUUAACAGCCACAUUCGUCACACUCUAUAAAACAAAGCAGCUUUAUCUAAAAGAGAAAGAACACAAAGACCUUGCUUCAUUAUUUCCCAUUAUUGAUUUUACACAAAAAGUGGGGGUCAACAAAGAGUUCAGAAGACAAUUAGGUGCCAUUGCUUCUAUCUUGUUUCCUCAUUGGCACACAAAAGAAGCUGCCUUGCUUGUUCUCCACUCUGUUUUUUUAGUGCUUCGAACGUAUCUUAGUGUGGUUGUUGCACGAUUAGAUGGUCGUAUUGUUAGAGAUUUGGUGAAUGGCAAUGGAAGACAAUUCUUGAUAGGAUUAGGGUAUUGGUUUGCUAUUGCCGUGCCUGCUACUUACACAAACAGCAUGAUCCGCUAUUUGCAAUCCAAACUCUCGAUUGGAUUCAGAACGCGUUUGACUCGAUACAUUCAUGACCUCUAUCUCGACAAACAAAAGACGUUUUACAAAGCCAUUAAUCUGGACAACCGUAUUCAAGGAGGAGCAGACCAGUUCAUCACGACCGAUGUCGCCAAGUUCUGUGAGACGCUAUCCUCUCUUUAUUCAAACCUGGCCAAACCCAUCUUGGACACCAUUAUUUUUAAUUACCAAUUGACGAAAUCGAUUGGAUUUGCAGGUAUGGUAGGCUUGAUGAUCAAUUAUGUGAUUACGGCCAGAUUGUUGCGUGCUGUUACACCUUCAUUUGGUAAGUUGGCAGCCAUGGAAGCACAACUCGAAGGUGAUUUUCGUGCUACUCAUGCUCGUUUGAUCACAAAUGCCGAGGAAAUUGCAUUCUACAACGGAGCUGAAUUGGAGCAUUCGAUCCUGAACAAAUCCUACAUGAAACUCAUCAAGCACAUCAACUCCAUCUACAAGAUUCGUAUUCGUUAUAAUAUGUUUGAAGACUUUUUAAUCAAAUAUGCAUGGAGUGCUUUUGGCCUCAUCAUGUGUGCUGUGCCUGUGUUUGGACCUCAGUUGGGUCAACCACAGACAGCGGCAGACAACAGUCAUGAACAAGUGGGUGCAAGAACCAAAGGAUUUAUCACCAACAAACGACUGAUGAUGUCUCUGGCAGAUGCAGGGGGUCGAAUGAUGUACUCUUACAAAGAAUUAGCUGAAUUAGCAGGCUAUACAUCUCGCGUCUAUACCCUCUUGUCUGUGUUACAUGCACUUCAUGAAAACCAGUUUGAUGGACCCAAGGAACCCAAGCAGUUCACAUUGACCCAUCUGCAUGGCCAAGUUAUCUAUAGUGACGCUGGUAUUGUGUUUGAUCAAGUGCCUAUUGUUGCACCUGCUCCUGGACAAGAUCGCGUGGGCGAGGUCUUGGUCAAUAACCUCAAGAUACAAGUACGAUCCGGUGAGCAUCUGUUAAUCACGGGUCCAAAUGGGGUUGGAAAGACGGCCAUUGCUCGUGUGAUUGCUUCUUUAUGGCCUGUGUUUGAGGGUACAUUGACAAGACCUUUAGACCGAGAUAUAUUCUAUAUUCCUCAACGUCCUUAUUUAAGUCUUGGUACUUUACGCGACCAGAUUAUUUAUCCUCAUACACAUGAACAAAUGAUUCAAUCAGGCCGCACAGAUGCUGAAUUACUCAAGAUCCUUGAAUGGGUUCAUCUUGUCUAUAUUCCUGACCGAGAAGGCGGUUGGGAAACAAAAAAAGAAUGGAAGGAUGUGUUUAGUGGUGGUGAGAAGCAGCGUAUUGGUAUGGCUCGUUUAUUUUAUCAUCAUCCUAAAUUUGCUGUUUUGGAUGAAUGCACCAGUGCUGUCUCAACAGAUGUAGAAGGACUCAUGUAUUCACAUGCAAAGGAUAUGGGCAUCACUCUCUUGACUAUUUCUCAUCGUCCUGCUCUUUUUAAAUACCAUCAAUUCUUGUUGCGUUUGACUGGGAAUCAUGGUGAAUGGGAAUGGGAAACCAUUGGUACAAAAGAACAACUUCAGUCUGUUGAAAAAGAACUAUCCACACUUCAAGCUCAAGUAGAUCAAGUAGACACAUUGAAAUCACGUCUAGCUCAAAUUGAUACCGAGUUGAGCUUAAGAUUGUAAAAAAGUGCGGUCACAUAAAUUUUUUUCAUGAUAUUCAACUAUAUAAAUAACACCCUCUUUUCUUUUUCUUUCUCUCUUUCUCUCUUUAUUCUACAAGAAAAAAAAAGUUUUGGUAAGUUUCAAUACACUAAGGCGGGGGAGAAAGAAACACAUACACACAGAGAGAGAGGGUGUUGAUGAUAACGAAUCCGUAUUGCUAUAACGCUUUAUUUGGUCACCGUUUUGGUAGACCGGGUGUAAUGUUAGUUUUUUUAUAGUCAUAGUUACACUGAGCCCUCUCUUCUUUCUCUCAUUGAUUUUUUUCUUUAUAUUUUUUACUCAUAUUUUAUUAAUAGGUUUUCAAACUUUUUUUCCUCUC